UCCCCUUUAAGAGCCGCCGCCGCCCACGGCCCGCCGCUGCGGCAGGGACCUCCCCUUUAACCGCGGCUGCUCGGCGCUCCGCGGCCCCCGCGGCGGCUGCUGCUGCUGCUACUGCGGCUCCUGCUGCUGCCGCCGCCGCUCGACCUCCGGCACCUGCAUCCUCGGCCCGGGUCGGGUCCCCCCGCCCCGCGCCCCGCCCGGCCCCGCCAUGGUGUCCUGGAUCAUCUCUCGCCUGGUGGUGCUCAUCUUUGGCACCUUGUACCCAGCCUAUUCUUCCUACAAGGCCGUGAAGACAAAAAACGUGAAGGAAUAUGUGAAAUGGAUGAUGUACUGGAUCGUCUUCGCCUUCUUCACCACGGCUGAGACCCUCACGGAUAUCGUGCUUUCCUGGUUCCCCUUCUACUUUGAGCUCAAGAUCGCCUUUGUGAUAUGGCUGCUGUCCCCUUACACCAAGGGCUCCAGCGUGCUCUACCGCAAGUUCGUGCACCCGACACUGUCCAACAAGGAGAAGGAGAUCGACGAGUACAUCACACAGGCCCGAGACAAGAGCUAUGAGACCAUGAUGAGGGUGGGCAAGAGGGGCCUGAACCUGGCUGCCAAUGCCGCAGUCACAGCCGCUGCCAAGGGGGUGCUCUCAGAGAAGCUCCGAAGCUUCAGCAUGCAGGACCUGACCCUGAUCCGGGACGAGGAUGCGCUGCCCCUGCAAGGGCCUGACGGCCGACUCCGACCCAGCCCCGGCAGCCUCCUGGACACCAUUGAGGACUUAGGAGAUGACCCUGCCCUGAGUUUAAGGUCUAACACAAACCAGGCAGAUCCCCGGACAGAGACCUCUGAAGAUGAUAUGGGAGACAAGGCCCCUAAGCGGGUCAAACCUGUCAAAAAAGUGCCCAAAGCUGAGCCACUGGCUUCCAAGACAUUGAAGACCCGGCCCAAGAAGAAGACCUCUGGUGGGGGUGACUUGGCUUGAGGUCCUGACCCCCCACAGGCUGCAGAGCCCCUGCUCCACACUGUGCCAGUAGCCCAUGUGUCUCAGGCCCUAGGGCCCCUCAGAUGGCUGCCUGCCCAGUGACCACUCCUCUGGAAGGGCUUGGAAAAGAGGAGGGAGGCCCUGCUGUGGGGGUGGAGGGUAGAGGCUGGAGGAGUUGCUGAGGACUCAGCCACCCAAGGAGGUGGGGGCUCCUUAGAGCCCAAAUUGCUAUUCCCCCUGCUCCAGUCCUGCCCCCACCCAUGCAGUGCCUUGCUGAAGACCAUGGCCAUCCCCUUUUCUGAGGUCCUAACAUGCCCUCACUUCUCUCUCUAGGGUGGGGGGUGGGGGGCAGUCACAGCCCAGAAUAACCAGAGAUGGGCCCGAAGGCACCUGGGAGACCAGGAGGGAAUGGGGAAGGCUUCAGAGAACCUGGCCAAGGGCUCCAGACCAUACCUGUGAAUGGAGGACAGGGCCUUAAUGCGUGUUUAAAGGACCAGGGGCCAGGCUGGAGCUGCAGUUGGGGGCAUCGGGUGGGGCCGUGUGCUACAUGUCCCCACUAAAAAUAAGUGGGGUUCUAGGGGUGUGAGUGUGAGAGUGUGUGUGGGUGUGUGUAUUUCUGGGUCUAGGGUCGGGGGGAUUCGGGGUAAAGGACUUUCCUGCCAGCAGCGACCACCCCCCAGCAUAAGCCCCAGCUGGCCCUUCCCUGCUUUCAGCCCUCCUUCCUACUCUCGGACACUCAGAGGACCAGAGGACCGCAGCCCAUCCUGACAGGAUGGGAUUCUGAGGGCCUCUUACCUCCUCGCCUUUCACCUCCCCCCAUUCCUGCCCUGCCCCUGUGCUGGGCUCCUCCGCCCCUCAGGCCCACUGUAGAGGCCCGUGCUGAGCCAGCUCCUUUCCUCCUCACCUGGGGGCUCAUCUUCCUUUCCCCCAGAGCCCUCUUCCCGUGCCAAGCAAACUGGGUCCCAUGUGAGCAGACUCUCAUGAGCCCAGCCUUUGCCCCACACGCUACCCCAGCUUCUGCGGUGGCUUCAGUCAGGGCCAGGAGGAGUGUGUGAAGAAGAAAAUAAAUUUAGGAGCCAAAGGGCUUCCAAUUCUGUGGAAAGAGGGUGCCCGUUGGACCUUUGGCACUGGAUGAGCCAAUAAACCAAUUUCUGGCACCUCA